GCCAGUUCAAGUUCUUUACUCCUCUCUACUACUCGAACACCCAGUUCAACCCCCACACACUCCUUCACAGAACAAUGUUCGCUCACAUCAUCGCUCUUUUCACUCUCGCUACCCUUGCCGCCGCCGCACCCAGCGGCCUCGCUGCCCGUACUGAGGCCACCUGUUGCGCGAGCAUCGUCUCCUCGACCAGCCACGUCUGCUCCGAAGUCGCUGCCCUUGUUGGCCUCGACCUUUCCGGCCUUGGAGACAUCCCCGUUGGUCUCAGCUGCUCUCCAAUCACUGUUAUUGGCAAUAACUGCGGUGGAACCACUGUCACUUGCUCAGGCCCCUCGUCCGCAGGAGGACUCAUCUCCGUCAACUGCAUCCCCAUCACUCUCUAAAUAUGUGCAGUGA